UCGUCCCCGUUUACGAUAUCUGUGUGGAUUGGGAUCCGUCAGUUAGGAAUUUGAGAAUGCCAGAGGAAGUGCCUUCUGCAUCAGAGCACACUAAAACUUCAGGAUCUCUAAUAUCAAGUAGCAACCAUGAGGCACCUGGUCCGUCUUCCAGUUCCACACCUCAUAAUGCAAGACUUUCUCUUGUUCCUCACAAGGAAAUGGCACCACGUAAAGUCCAGUCUCUGCUUCAAAUUGAUCGCCAACAGAUUCAGGCAGUCGAGCUGGAACAACAAGCAUUGGAACUGCAGGGACUAGGGCUGGCAGUGUAUGAUCAGGAAGUUCUAGAACAUGGAGUCUUGCAGCAAGUGGAUGACGCCAUAAAUGCAGCUAGUCAGGCCUCCAGAAUUGCAGCGGCAGAGAAGGAGCAGCAAGAACUAACGGAUGAACUGAGCUCCUGUGUCACAGCCUUACGUCAAAUCGACAAAAUAAUUAAUCAGCUCACACCACAGGCUGCCACCUGUAAGGAAAUAAAUAGGAGACUGGAUUCUGUGAAAAGACAAAAACAUAACAAGGAACAGCAACUAAAGAAGCUCAAAGCUAAGCAGAGACGCAUUAGAGCAGUGUUAACAGGUAGCCAGGAUGAAAGUGGACUUGAUGAAGAAAUGGAAGACAACCUAGGGGAUGAUGCACUACCUUCCUCUUUGGGCAGUAUGCUAACUCCAUCCCAGGACAGUGAAUGGGACAACCUGAUCCGCACUGGAUAUAUGACCCCAUUCGGCACCAGGAUUCCUCCAAAGGAAGAGCCUCUGCCACGCAAGCAAAUAUUGAAUGAAUCAUCAGAUUUUGACAAGUAUCUAGCAGAUCAGGCAGAGAUGGCAGCCCAAAGAAAACGCCCAUUGAGUGCAAAGAAAAAACCCAGAAACAAUGGCUGUAUCAAUCAAGUGGAGGUGCCUGUGUUGAAAAAAAAGUUGUCAAUGUCCUCUGGAACUAAAAGCCUGCAGAAAAAAAUGAGACAACUGCAGACAAAAGCAUUCCAGACUUCGUUUCAAGUUGAAACCCAAUGUAGAAGGUCCUUACCUCCUUUGACAGAUGGCAGUCAAGGAGAUGAUAGUGAAGGGUCUAUAUGGACUCCAGAGGGGAGAGAAGAAAGCAUGGAUGAGAAUGAUAAUAAUGGUGAUUGGGGACCUAAUGACCGAGACUUUGAUAAUGAGCUGAAGCCGCUAGCUCAGAAAGUUGUGGCAAAAACACUUAGAAACAAGGACACAAGUUCUGAAUUUCCUUCCAACUCUGAAGAUGAUGAAGACGAAAAACAUCAAACUUUCUCAAAGAAAAAAAGACAGUUCAGAGAUGAUGGGAAUGUCAAACUCUACAAACAAAGACUGAGGCGUUGGCAGAAGCAGCGCCACAGGGAGGCAGAGGAAUGCAUGGCAACCGAAGAGUCGGAGGAUUGUGACGUGAAUUUUGAUGAAGGUUUCCGAAUUCCUAGUGCUCUCUGGAAGAAGCUGUACAAGUACCAGCAAACAGGUGUUCGGUGGCUUUGGGAACUGCAUUGCCAGCAGGCAGGAGGCAUUCUCGGAGAUGAAAUGGGAUUGGGUAAAACCAUCCAGAUAAUUUCUUUCUUGGCCGGACUAAGCUACAGCAAGAUGAGGACACGAGGCUCUGAUUACAGGUAUGAAGGUCUGGGUCCCAGUAUUAUUGUGUGCCCAACCACUGUAAUGCACCAGUGGGUUAAAGAGUUCCAUUCUUGGUGGCCACAGUUCCGUGUUGCAGUCCUUCAUGAAACUGGAAGCUACACAGGCAAAAAGCAUAAGUUGAUCGGGGACCUGGGUAGUGCUGGAGGUAUCCUCAUAACCUCAUAUUCUAAUGUGCGCCUAAUGCAAGAGGAGCUACAACGUUACCACUGGCAUUAUGUAAUCUUGGAUGAGGGACACAAGAUUCGCAAUCCCAAUGCAGCUGUCACACUAGCAUGCAAACAGUUUCGUACUCCUCAUCGAAUCAUCCUCUCUGGGUCCCCCAUGCAAAACAACCUCCGUGAGCUGUGGUCCCUGUUUGACUUUGUAUUCCCAGGAAAACUUGGAACGCUUCCUGUUUUCAUGGAACAAUUCUCUGUCCCCAUCACAAUGGGUGGCUAUUCCAAUGCUUCACCUGUCCAGGUAAAGACUGCAUACAAGUGUGCAUGUGUCUUACGUGACACAAUAAACCCAUAUCUCUUGCGACGAAUGAAGGCUGAUGUGAAAAUGAGCCUCUCUCUCCCGGACAAGAACGAACAGGUUCUGUUCUGUCGUCUUACUGAUGAGCAGAGGCAGGUUUACCAGUCCUUUAUUGAUUCCAAAGAGGUCUAUGGGAUACUGAAUGGAGACAUGCAGGUCUUCCCGGGACUCAUUGCUUUGAGGAAAAUUUGCAACCACCCAGAUCUGUUUUCUGGGGGCCCAAAGAUCCUGAAAGAGGCCAAACAGGAGGAUCUGAAAGAGGAUGAACAGUUUGGAUUUUGGAAACGCUCAGGCAAAAUGAUAGUGGUGGAAUCACUUCUAAAGAUUUGGCAUCGUCAAGGACACAGAGUUCUACUCUUCACUCAGUCCCGGCAGAUGUUGCAGAUCCUGGAACAGUUUCUGAGGAAUCGGGGCUAUUCAUAUCUCAAGAUGGAUGGGACCACAACCAUUGCGUCUCGACAACCCCUCAUAACACAAUAUAAUGAGGACCCCUCGCUCUUUGUCUUCCUUCUUACAACCAGAGUGGGGGGUUUGGGCGUAAACCUAACUGGAGCAAACAGAGUUGUUAUCUAUGACCCCGACUGGAAUCCCAGCACUGAUUCCCAGGCUCGGGAGCGGGCCUGGAGAAUUGGGCAGAAGAAACAAGUGACUGUCUACAGGCUGCUCACUGCAGGAACCAUUGAAGAAAAGAUCUAUCACCGGCAAAUAUUCAAGCAGUUCCUGGCUAACCGUGUGCUGAAAGACCCAAAGCAGAGACGUUUCUUCAAGUCAAAUGACCUAUAUGAGCUUUUUACCUUGAGUAGCCCAGAUGACAGCCAGGGCACUGAGACUAGUGCAAUCUUUGCAGGAACCAGUUCGGAUGUUUCAAAAUACACUAUAAAGAAUAAUAUGCCUAGUCCCUGCUCCACAUCUGGAAGGCAACCUACUGACCCUAUUGCUAGUACGUCAUUUCAAAAUGACCAGCCGUCUCUUUCAAGUGACAUAGGACAUCACUACCAAGGGACCCAUGGAAAAGAUGCUUCAAACAUCAAAGGACUUGAUUCAGGGAGUUAUAGCGAAAUAAAUGUAUCACCAGUAAUGCCUGAAAGUAGCCAUUAUAAACAAAAAGCAAAAACGAAACACCAGCUAAAGAAAAGCAAAGCGAAAAAAAAAGCGAAAAAUGCGAAGUAUGAGGGUGAGCGAAUCUCUCACCUGGUGAAAAAAAAACCAUACUUAAAGGAGACAGGCGACCAACAGGAACCUGAUAGGAAGAAGAGCGAUGACUAUGUUUUGGAAAAGCUUUUCAAAAAGUCAGGAGUGCACAGUGUUAUGAAACAUGAUGCUAUUAUGGAUGCUUCCAACCCCGACUAUGUGCUAGUGGAAGAAGAAGCAAAUCGAGUGGCCCAGGAGGCUCUACGUGCUUUAAAGGUCUCUCGUCAACGUUGCAAUGCUGCAUCCACAGGCAUCCCAACAUGGACUGGUUCAAACUCUGCAACAAUGUCGGGAAUCAAACGUAGAUUUGGACAGAAAAAGAAUCCCUUGCUGCAGGUUCCUGAUGGUCCCAGCAAACCCUCACAUAACAAGUGCAAGGAUGCAAAGAUCUCAAAUCAGCAGAAGCAGAGCACAGUUUCUGCCCCUUCACACUUCAAUGGCGACCUUCAGGCAACAGAUGCAACUUCUGUUGCCCUGUCUUCCUCAUCCCUGCUUUCCUGCAUCAGAGCAAGGAACCACUUACUACUUUCCCCCAGAGACGAGGAGCAAUACCCGGAUACAACUCAGGGAACUCCCACAACAGAUCCCACAGAGCAUGACGAGCUACUGACAGACAUGAGAAAUUAUAUUGCAUUCCAGGCACAGGUGGAUGGGAAAGCCACUACACAGGAGUUAUUGAAUGAGUUUGAGAACAAACUGUCCCCCAAACAGUCAUGUGUCUUUCGUGAACUGCUGCGCCGGCUUUGCACCUUCCACAGGAGUAGUGAUGGAGCAGGUGUGUGGAAACUUAAGCCCGAAUUCCACUGAAACACUAUAAUGUGGAAUGAAGUUAAAUGUGUACCUCACUACAUGCAUUUAUACUUUGAGAAGAUUUCUUAUUUAUUACUCUUUGUCAUGUCUACAUGUGUACAUGUCAAACUGCCGUUUGGGAAUUUUCACUUUGGGUACUAUGCAUUGGACUGUUUAAUAAGGUGGAAUAAGAUGCCUGAACGGAAUGCUGUUCAUUUAUCCUGUCAUAAGUUACAAUGUUUUUAUUGCUCAUUUUAUAUCUGUGUAUAAGAAGAUAUAAAGUCAGGAAUUGUGAAAGUAAAAUAUGUCAAAUAUUAGUUUCUGUACAUUGUUUGUAUCUUAAAAAGAACACCUAAAUUGUCUCACCACUCAGGGUCCAAAACAAAACCUUUAUUGACAUUUGUAUCUAGCAUUAGGUAGAAUGUAUUCACAAUAAAGAAACUUGAAUAAAAUUAAAAUUAUGUGAACAUUUUUCAGAAUUAAAGAAUACCCUGUCAGCUAUAAA